UCCCCUCCCCUUAGUGAGGAAGGAUUUUGGUCGCAGACCCGGGUGGUCCCAGGACUCCAGGGCCUGCAGUGGUGGGGUAGGGUGGGGUGGGGGCACUGCAGAGCUUCCCAAGGAAGUCAGGAGACCUCGCCUCCGGAUAUUCAGAAGUGCUAGUCCAGUUCUGGCAGCCUGAACUCUUCCUCCUUCAAGGUGAAAUCCGAGAAUACUCUUCCUUCCAGGGAGAGAAACUGACCUGUAAUCCCAGCUAUUCAGGAGGCUGAAGCAGGAGAAUCGCUUGAACCUGGGAGUCAGAGGCUGCAGUGAGGAGAGAUCUCAACAUUGCAUUCCAGCCUGAAGUGCUGCUGUAGGUACUAUGGCUCCUGAAGCUGCUUUCCCUGCAGUAACUGGAGUCCUCGUCGUCUUCCAGCUCCUCUGGUGCGUGUGCUAAGCUCAGGUCUGAGCACUGGUGGAUCCCAUGGGUGUGGCUCUGAUGAAAUUGACGCAGUGGACGGCUGCCGGACAUGGAACUGGAAUCCUCGAAAUCACCCCUCUAAAUGAAGUGAUAUUGAAAGAAAUUAUUGUUUGUGGAGAAUUUUAUCUAUAAACAUCCCCAGGAGGCAAAAUUUGUUUUUGCGGAACCAAUUGAGUGGAACACAAGUUUGGCGCCCUCAGCAUUUGAAUCAGGUUAUGUUGUCAGUAAAGGGGAUUAGCUUCAAUGAAGACCAGCAAAAGGAAAAGGAUCAGCUUGGCAAAGCCCCCAAGAAGGAAGAAGCAGCUGCCCUCCGCAAAGACAUUUCUGGUUCAGACAAGAGGUCACUGGAGAAGAACCAAAUUAAUUUCUGGAGGAAUCAAAUGACCAAGAGAUGGGAACCAAGCUUAAACUGGAAGACCACUGUUAAUUACAAAGACAAAGGCUUAGCAAAAGAAAUCCAAGAGGACAAACGCACAGGAAAACUUGAAAAACCAAGACCAUCUGUUUCACACGGAAGAGCACAAUUACUUGGGAAGAGUGCUGAAAAGAUUGAGGAAAUUGUUAGUGAUAGCUCCUCAGAAAGUGAGGAAGAUGAAGAACCACCUGACCAUCGUCAGGAAGCAAGUGCAGAUUUGCCAUCAGAAUAUUGGCAAAUUCAGAAGCUGGUGAAAUAUUUAAAGAAUCUCUUUGAGAGUGCUUCACAGAAUUUUGUGUGUUUACCUGAGGCUACAUAUCAAAAAGUAGUCAAGACAAUAAAUAGAAAAGUAGACGAAUGAAGAAGCAGAUAGAAUAACUGAGACAAAAGCUCAUUGAUGCCUGCAAUCAUUUUCAUGUUGAUAUUUAGUGACUAUGAAGAGUCUACUUAAAUGACCUGCAGACUCAAAUGGCACAAAAUGAGGCCUCAAAAUGAAUUCAAGCAAAGAGAAUAGUGUAGCCAUUGAAAGAAUAGAUACAGUAUAUAAGUUUUCAACAAGAAGCCUAAAAAGGAGAAUAAGAGAAAAAUCCUCAUCACAUGAAGUUGACAAGAAAGGAAGAAAAAAACCCCAGAAAAAUCCAGGGUAAUAGAAGUUCUAGAAGAUAUUUUGGACCUUGAUUUAUCUGUCUCAGAAACAGACGAUUUUAUCCAGCUUGUAAGUGGCGAAAAGACAGUGUUUGGAUUCUUUCCACUGGCUCACCAAUAUGGAGGCAACCAGUGCCCAAAUGCGGGGAUUCCACGGUUCAAAAAGUCAUCUCCCAUCUGGAUUAAAUGUAUUUGAAAGCAUCUUAUGCUGGUACUCACAUGCACUGUUGAAGCACAAAUACAAGCCUUAAGCCCUGCAGAGUUUUGUUAAGCUAUUCUUUUUUUGUAGGCAUGUUUUUUUUUUAGUACAUUAUGUAAAAGCUCUUAAUCAGUUUCACGUUUGUGCUUCUUCUUGAUCUGAAAUGGUGUUAUAAAUAUUUAUUUGUAAGGAUGACUUUGCCAUUUUGAAUGAACAGUGCAGAAAAUGGUUUCUCUUUUAUUGGUGGAAAACUAGCUUUCUGAUUCCCCUGAUUUCACUCCUAGCUCUGCUAGUAUCAUUCUUUCUACUUCCUUUUCACAUUGUGGAAUAUACUUAAGGUAUUGUGGACUUUAGAACUUUCCAGAGCAACUCUCAGUCUUGUGUUCUUGCACUUAUUCCAUGGAUAAAAUUAAUUACUGGUGGUCUGUUACUGAUUAAAAUGAAAAGUUAAAAUACUGGA